AAGAUGGCGGCGAGUGAGCUAGAAAAGUGAUGAGAGCAACAAACGAUAUAACUAUAUAACAGUGUAUUUAUUAACUUUUUGCGACUAUUUCGCGCCGGAACUCUGCUUUGGCAGCGGACGGAAUUCAAGCAUAUUUCGAAGGCUCACGCUGGUCAUCGGAGAUACAACAUUGAGCAAACUGGAACUGUUUGCCAAGUAGCAGUUGAAGUAGCUAGCGGUGCUAGCGUUAGCUAACUGUGGAAGGCAGGGGACGCGGUUCGAAGUACACACCGACACAAGUCAAGCUGAUUUUCGUUUAAACCAGCUUACUUUUGCUGUCAACGGUGUCGCUAGCCGUGUCGGAACUGCACUGCGGAUCAAGUCAUCUCAAACGGGGGUCGACAAGCGACCACAGCGCGGAAGAGCAAAGCUGUAAACGGGGUAGAAAGACGUCUUCUUAGCUGACCUGACGCCAUGGCUCACUCUCCGAUACAAAGUGGGCUUCCAGGGAUUCAGAACCUCAAAGCUGACCCAGAGGUGCUCUUUACCAAGCUGGAGAGAAUAGGCAAAGGCUCUUUCGGCGAAGUAUUUAAAGGCAUCGAUAAUCGGACGCAAAAGGUCGUGGCCAUUAAAAUUAUUGACCUGGAAGAAGCAGAAGAUGAGAUAGAGGACAUCCAACAGGAAAUCACCGUUCUCAGCCAGUGUGACAGUCCUUUUAUCACCAAGUACUUUGGAUCCUAUCUCAAGGGAACAAAAUUAUGGAUUAUUAUGGAAUAUCUGGGCGGAGGAUCUGCCCUAGAUUUGUUGGAACCCGGCUCCCUCGACGAAACCCAAAUUGCCACAAUUUUGAGAGAAAUCCUAAAGGGGCUGGAAUAUCUGCACUCUGAAAAGAAAAUUCAUCGAGAUAUUAAAGCAGCCAACGUGUUGCUGUCAGAGCAAGGUGACGUGAAGCUGGCGGACUUUGGCGUGGCGGGCCAGUUGACCGACACCCAGAUAAAACGGAACACGUUCGUUGGUACUCCUUUCUGGAUGGCCCCUGAAGUCAUAAAGCAAUCAGCAUACGAUUCAAAGGCAGACAUCUGGUCGUUAGGAAUAACGGCAAUAGAGCUGGCAAAAGGCGAACCGCCCCACUCGGAACUCCAUCCCAUGAAGGUCUUAUUCCUCAUCCCAAAGAACAAUCCACCCACGCUGGAAGGAAACUACAGUAAACCACUUAAAGAAUUUGUUGAAGCCUGCUUGAAUAAAGAGCCCAGCUUUAGACCGACUGCCAAAGAGCUGUUGAAGCACAAGCUGAUUGUACGGCACGCCAAAAAGACGUCCUACCUGACCGAGCUGAUCGACAGGUACAAGAGGUGGAAGGCAGAGCAGUCGCGAGAUGAGUCCAGCUCAGAGGAGUCAGAUGAGGAGCAGCAAGGCCAAGCGUCUGGAGGCAAUGACGCCUCCAACGACGACUGGAUCUUCAACACCAUCAGGGAGAAAGACCUGAAAAAGGUUCAGAAUGGGGCCGUGCAGCCUGCUGAGCUGGAAAUGAAACAGGAGCAGGAAAGUCCAAAGAGGCCUUUGUCACAGAGCUUAUCGUCAAUCUUCUCUCCAUUGUUUUCCGAGUUGAAAGACAAGGGUGAAACCAGCAAUGGCAAGCCCGAGGCUGCAGAGGCGCUGCAGGAGGCCAUUUUCCUGGCUGAAGACAUCCAUCCUGGGGUGUGUGACUCACUGGUGGCUGAACUAGUGCAGAGACUUCAGAGGUUUUCAGUGCCUCAGGCGGCUGCCACACACUGAGGACAAGCACAUCCAGCUCAGCUCCAAUCCACCACCUCGGCGGCCCCGCAGCCUUCAGGCUUCCACAACAGAUUACGUCUCUGUCACUCAUUAGCCCGCUAGUGCACAAGCACACCACUAGAGGGCCCUGUGCUGCGAGCAGCCCAGUGUUUUCUGCUUGAGGAGACCUGACUUUAGCCGUCUUUCCUGAACUUUUAGUUUAGGUGAGUUGAGCGUGCGAAACUAGUGCUGCGAGACGUCCUUUUGAAAACUCAGGUAUCCUGCUUUUAAGAUAUUGUGGGAGGUAACGACGAGCUUGACGGUAUGGUUGUACAGACUUGUAAAUAAGCACAUUUCUACAGAUAACAGUAGUGGUUGUACAAAUGGCCAAAUGCAGACUGUAGAUAUUGGUUGUGAGGUAAAUAUUUUCAAAUGAGAAAGACCAUACGUGAGAUUGCCUUGCCUUCUUGUAUAUGAUCACUCUUUUGUUUGUACAUUUUAAUGGCUUGUAUGUUUCUCAAAUCACUUUUUAGUGUCAAACGCCAUUGCUGUGGCUGUAAUUAUUUUGCAUAAUGUAACAGUAGCUGACAAAAGUGACUACAGCCCUCACAUUGCAGCAACCUUUUUAUGGCAGUACAGGUGGUCCUCUAGUUUCUAAAUGAACUCCUAAGUUACCCACACUGUACUCAGAACACAUAUAGAACAUAUAAUAUAAAAUACAGUAAGAAUAAGAUUAAAUAUAAAACUUUUAUCCCUGUGGUGGUUUUGCACUACUGGAAGGGGCGUUGCAAGGGAGGGAGAGAGAGACAGGCUUGUUAGGAGGAGGAUGUCUUAAUAAUGAGAUCACUGCAUGUCCAUUUCAUGGUCCAAGAUCCUUUCACAUGUUCAAGGAUACCAUCUUUGCCCUUCAUGAUAGUUGCAGCUUUUUACGUUGUAUAAUUUUAAUUUCACUUUCGUUUUCUACCAGAAGAGCCUUGCCUGAC